GCGAGAGGAACCGUAACACCGGCGAGCAAGAACCCGAUUCUGCCUUUGCGGAUCCGCUGGACAAAGCGAAAGGCUUUCAUGCUCUUGAGACGGCACAGAAACAUCACAGUGUUGGGUGAAAGUCAACUACCGUGGGUCCUACUGUAUUAGACUGAGCACUAUACUGAACACAAUAAGCUUGCUGUAGGUAUGACAUUAACAAGGGGCUCCUUCACUUAUUCCAGCGGAGAAGAAUAUACCGGAGAAUGGAAGGAAGGUCGGCGGCACGGUAAAGGCGAGCUGAAGUUUGCUGAUGGCACCUGUUAUAAAGGUCAUUUUGAGAAUGGGCUGUUUCACGGAUCAGGGGUGUUAGUCUUUCCCGAUGGAUCCAGGUACGAGGGUGAAUUCGCCCAGGGAAAAUUCCAAGGGGUCGGAAUCUUCAGCAGGUUUGACGGGAUGAAAUUUGAAGGAGAAUUCAAAAGUGGCCGUGUAGAAGGAUAUGGGCUGCUGACAUUUCCAGAUGGUUCCCAUGGUGCACCGCGAAAUGAGGGAGUUUUUGAGAACAACAAGCUUCAGAAACGUGAAAAAUGUCAGGCAGUGGUGCAGAGAGCCAAGAACUCAGCAUCCACUGCCCGCGGCCUCUCUGUAUGACAGACUGACCUCAGUGAGAGCACCCCUAACUGUGGCUUUCAGAUCAGGCAGGGUCACAAGUUAAGAAGUCAAAGCAGACUGUGGAUCUGCGUUCAGGGUGAUCUCUGCCUUCGCCAAACAACGGAGCUCAAAAAUACGUGAGACCCAUCAGACGCUCAGGGAUGGAUCAAAGUGUCUCGAUUCCACAUGCCUCUGCUUCUCUCACACUGUUGCUCUGCCUUGGUUUCCUCUGUGGCUUAAAAACAUUACAAAAUUCUGUAUGUUUGUUAUGGAGGCAUGGAUAAACUCAAGUCACCAUCGGAGGCAUUGCAGGUACAGAGGCCUGUCACCUGAAGAUUUUGUUGGUAAAUUUUGAAAUUUGCCUUCGUGAGUCUGCGAUUGUAUCACUUGUGUUUGACUGUAUUGUUACUAUUGUAACUGUCUGUCUGUUUGUUUGAAUCAACAUAUUCUUUAUUGCACAUUUGCCUUAGUUAUUGCAUUAAAAGUCAAUAUUGCUGGAUUAAAAUCUUGUUACUGAUAUA